CAGAUCCCAUAAUGGGUUUUAAAAUUAUGGCCCCUGAAAGGGGAUUGGGCUUGUUUUCCCUAUAUGGCUAUAUAGAAAACUUUGAAUACCUUCUACUCUGAAACUACUGGUCCUAUUCAAAGAUAAUUUUACUUAAAUGUUCCUUACCAUAUUCCAUCAAUUAAUUUCAACUCGUCGAAAAACAUGGCAACAAGGGUGUGGGGAUCAUUUCCCCUUUAUAGAAAAAUUUAAAAGUCUUCUUGUGAAAAACUACCGGCCUGAUUUGAAAAUUAUUUUAUUUGAAGUUACUUUAAGAAAAUGUCAACUUCGUAAUUCUUUUGAUUGAUCUUGGUUAUGAUCUUUUGACCUUCUUGCACUUAAGUUGAAUGAUAACAGCCAUUUUUUUUAGAUAACUGAAGAGGACCUUCAAGAAAAUGUCAACAAACUUGGAGAAUUGCUUCUGCUGCCUUGGAUCUUAAAUCCCAAAUUCAAAAAAUUCAAGGAAGCUACAGAUAACCUGUUACGAGGACUACAGAAGUAUUUAGACUUCCUGAAGUCUAUGAAGAAGAGAAACAAAGCCCAUCGAGACAGUACAGAACCAGUGAAGAAUUUAACUGAAAGUUGGAUCCUGAAAGUUAAUGAGGGCUGUGUCCAAGAGAAAGUAGAUAAAACAUAUGAGGCCCUUAUAGAGAGAUUGAAUGGAGUGGGGUUAUAUGAACCAAUUGAUUUAUGCGAUAUAGAAUCAUUGGACAAGGAAGUACGUAGAAAGUGGUUGAAUAACAUGAAAUUACCCUUUCCAGUCACACAGUUUACUUACAGAUAUGGGAAUUAUCUAGGUAAUUUGAAUAUGGUUUGGAAAAUACCACAGGACAUAAGAGAUAGAAAGUCAUCUGUUGAAUGUCAACUAGUUAAAGAUACACUAAAUCAGAUCUCUCUAUAUAAGACAAGAAGGAUGCAUAAGGACUUUAUAGCUAGAUACAGAAUGUUCGCAAAACCAGUUAUUCUUCGCAAUAUGUUUCAGUUCCUUACAGAGUAUGAGUACACUCCAGAAAGUUCAGAACAGUCGCAAAUUGACUUAAGGUUUUGUGAAUGUUUACUUGAAUCCGAAGAUACAGAGCUCAUAUUUGAUCUCAGAAAGCAUAACGGAAGGCCUCUCACAGAAGAAUUUGAUAGUUUUUGGUCUGAGUUACACAAGUAUUUAGAAGAGAAAACUGUAGUACAUGAAAGGAGACACUCGGACAUUAAUUAUAUGCCAUUUGCAAUGUCGGUGGAAAACCUUCGUGAAAUAAUACAGGAUCGGCUCCCUGCAGGUGCAAAAAUUCCAUCAGUGUCUUGGCUGAAACUUAACUUUUGUCCAAGUAAUCCUUAUAAAAACUCAUCUGCAAACUACACAGGACGCUUUAAAGUAAAAUUCAAAGUACAACAAAGAUUGCUGAGGGCACAACACGAAGAUAAUGAAUAUGGGAGAAAUCUUUUUGGUCACCUGAAAGAAUUUGCCUGUAUGUUUAGAGAGGACACCUUGUUCCAGAGCCUUGAUGAUAAGGCAAUUGUGCCAGUUGGGGAACCUGCUCAUGCUAUUUCAACUGGAGUCCGGAUCCAUCAUGGUGGCCUUGUUACUGGUGAUAGACAAAAUCUUGCUAUGGAUCACGAUUUCCACAUUGCAGGAAUAGUGCCUUCUGUAUGUUUUAUGAUAAACAUUCCAACAAGCCAUAAUGACUCUUUUUACAAUGGACUUGUACAUGUAACUGUUAAAGAUAAGGUAUUUGAAGCAAGCAGCCCACUUCGUCAUUCAACCGAAACAAUAUCACUGCUAAGAGGUCAGUAUUCAUCUGAUGAUGUCAGCUUAGAAAAACCAAUAUUAAUAAGAUAUACUGAUGGUGGCCCUGAUCACCGUGUGACAUACAGAUCUGUACAGAUUUGCAGCUUGGUUGAGUUUGUUGCAUUAGACCUUGAUAUGUUAGUGUGUGCCCGAACAGCUCCAUCAAUGUCGUAUCUAAAUCCUGCAGAGAGAACUAUGAGCUUAUUAAAUAUUGGACUUCAAAAUGUUGCUUUACAAAGAGAUAAGAUGUCACCAGAAUUUGAAAUGAUAGCUAAAGGUAAAUCCUUAAAAGGUUUGAGGAAUGUUGCAGAAAGGAAUGACAAAUUCAAGGAACAGUACUCAGAAUCAACAAAGGUUCCCAUUACAGUUAUCAAACAGAGAUUUAGUAAACUGAAAUGGAAAGGGGAAAACAUUAUUAUUCAUGAUGCAACAACAGAGGAGGAAAUGGAAACAAUGAUAAAGUCAAUAUUAAUGGUUCUUGAUGAAAAUGUUACAAUUGAUAUGAAAAACCUGACAAAGCUGAAGAGCAUCAGAAUUGACCAGUUCCUAGCUAGGCAUGCUAGGUGCCGUCACUACAUAUUUCAGAUAAAGAAGUGCGGACAGGAUGAUUGUGCCUAUUGUGUCCUAAAUCCACCAAGAUUGUCGCCAGAUGUAUUUGAGAAAUUGCAUUUUGUUCCAGACCCUACAUGUGAUAACAAUACCUACAAAUCGUUCGGAGAUCUAUAUGGGACUGAAACUGACGACACUGGAAGGCCUAGUUUAGCCCACAAACCUCAGAUGACUGACAGGGACAAAAAGUUUAAAAAGCUUCUUGUAGGAACAAAAGUACGUGGAUUUGUUGAUUGUUGUGAGUGCGGGAAACGGCAAGUUGUAUACUCUGAUAAGCGUCUUAACCCACAGGAAGAGACAGUUCUGAAACGUGUGCAAGAAGAGCUAAUGUUUGUAUGUGGCAGUGUGCUUUUCCCAGGGGGCCGAUACCAGGAUACUAUAGUGGUAAAAGAAGGACAGUGUUGCAAUUCUCCAAUAGAGGUCACGUAUUAUGCAGGAAAGACUAUGGUUUUUGACCCCAUUUGUUUCCAUUGCGGUGACAUUGAUGUCGCAGACACUGAUGCAAUAAGACAGUUGAAGGAGCAGUUUGGGAUUGUUCGACCAAUCUGUAACACAUGUCUAGAAACAGGGAAGACGGUUGUAACCAGGAAUGCCCUCAAAGUGAAAAAAAAAAGGAAUUGAACUAAUAAGACAUUUGAAGAGUUCUCCAUAUAAGCAGAGAGUGUUUCAAAGUGUUACAAGUUUAUACAAAGUGUUACUUUAUAGUGGCGAGUGUUACAAAGUGAAAACAAAUCAAGGAAUUGAACUAAUGAAGAGUGUAGUCAUUUAAAAUCUAGUCAUUUAGUUCUACAUAUAAAUGGAGAGUGUUACAAGUUAAUACAAAGUGUUACAUUAUAGUAAAGAGUAUUACAGUGUUUAAGUUACAAAGUAUUACUUUAAAAUGGAGAGUGUUACAGGUUACAAAGUGUUACUUUAUAAAUAGAAAGUGUUAAAAGUAUUAAAGAAAGUGUUACAAGUUUAA